GAGGCCCAUUAGGCCCCUAGGGUUGUGGCGCCCUAGCUUCUACUGGGCAUCGAUGUGUGACGGGUUCGGAUCCCCCGCUGAGCAGUCCUGGCACGGAGGGUUGGUUCCGGCCUUCCGUAGAAAAGGCGUUGCGGCCGGAGGAUGUUGAAGGGAAAGGCGCCGCAGCACCGCAGAACGUUGGAAGCUCCGCACUGCAGGAAGUGAGACCAAGAAGCCUGUAGGACUUGAGGGAUUUGAACAAGCAUCAAUAAAGGUCUGACUUCUGUGAACUCUGUUUCUUCAGGCAAGUAAACCCCAAGGGGUACUGACCAGUUCUUGAAUUUCUAAACUAUGGCCCAUGGAUCAGUGAUAUUCAGUGAUGUGUCCAUAGUCUUCUCUCAGGAAGAGUGGGAAUACCUGGACUUGCAACAGAGGGACUUGUACAGAGAUGUGAUGUUGGAGAACUAUAGCAACUUGGUCUCACUGGGAUGCUUCAUAUCUAAACCAGAUGUGAUUUCCUUAUUGGAACAAGGAAAAGAGCCCUGGAAAGUUGUGGGGAAAGAAAGAUUAUAUUCAGAUUCAGAGACCAGGUGUAAGACUAAGAGGUUAUCAUUAGAAAAUGACAUUAAUGAAAUAAACUUAUUCCAGUGGAAGAUAAUGGAAAAAAUUAACAACCAUGGCCUUAACAACCUUAUUUUAAGAAAUAAUUGGGAGUCCAGAAGAAAAUUUGAAGGACAAGUAGAAUAUCUUGGUCAAGUGAAAAUUACGUCUCAAAAAAUAUCCUCUUACCAAAAACACACAUCUCUUACUCCACAUCAGAGAAUUCAUUUUGUUGAGAAACCCUAUGAAUGUAAAGAAUGUGGGAAGGCUUUUAAAGUACGCCAACAACUUACUUUUCAUCACAGAAUUCAUACUGGUGAAAAACCCUAUGAAUGUAAGGAAUGUGGGAUGGCCUUUAGACAGACUGCCCACCUUACUCGACAUCAGAGACUUCAUUCUGUUGAGAAACUUUAUGAAUGUAAGGAAUGUGGAGAAUCUUUCAUAUGUGGCCCAGACCUUAGAGUACAUCAGAAAAUUCAUAUUGGUGAGAAGCCUUAUGAGUGUAAGGAAUGUGGGAAAGCCUUCAGAGUACGUGGACAACUUACUCUCCAUCAGAGGAUUCAUACAGGUGAAAAACCCUAUUUGUGUACAGAAUGUGGAAAGGCCUUUAGACAGUAUGCACAUCUUACUAGACAUCAGAAGCUUAAUAUUGCUGACAAACUCUAUGAAUGUAAAGAAUGUGGGAAGGCUUUUUUGUGUGGCUCUGGCCUUAGAGUACAUCACAAACUUCAUACUGGUGAGAAACCUUAUGAAUGUAAGGAAUGUGGGAAAGCCUUCAGAGUACGACAACAACUAACACUCCACCAGAGAAUUCAUACUGGUGAGAAACCCUAUGAAUGUAAGGAAUGUGGAAAGACCUUUAGUCGUGGUUAUCAUCUUAUUCUUCAUCACAGAAUUCAUACUGGUGAGAAACCCUAUGAAUGUAAAGAAUGUUGGAAGGCAUUUAGUCGUUAUUCACAACUUAUUUCACAUCAGAGCAUUCAUAUUGGUGUUAAACCGUAUGAUUGUAAGGAAUGUGGGAAAGCCUUUAGGCUACUCUCACAACUUACACAACAUCAGAGUAUUCAUAUUGGUGAGAAACCCUAUACAUGCAAGGAAUGUGGGAAGUCCUUUAGAUUGCGCCAAAAACUUACUUUACAUCAGAGCAUUCAUACUGGUGAAAAACCCUUUGAAUGUAAGGAAUGUAGGAAGGCCUUUAGACUUAAUUCAUCCCUUAUUCAACAUCUGAGAAUUCAUUCUGGUGAGAAACCCUAUGAGUGCAAGGAAUGUAAAAAGGCCUUUAGACAACAUUCACACCUUACCCAUCAUCUGAAAAUUCAUAAUGUAAAACCAUAAGAAAGUCUUUUUCAGUCCUGUCUUGUAGAGCACUCUAUGAAUGUGCAAUAGUAAUUAAUGCUUCCUAAAUGCAACUGACUUAGUAUAAGAGGUUUUAUAUAAUUAAAGGAAUGGGGCAAUUUAUUGUCUUCUACCAUCACUCAAACCUGAUAAAUUUCACAUUCAUUCCAAAAACUAAUCUUAUUAAUAUAACAAAUGUGGGAAAGUCAUUUAUCUCUAUCCCAUUGCUCUUCUACUUGUGUUAUAUUGAACAAGAUGCUUAACUGCUCUGUGUUAUAAUUUAUUCAUUUAUAAAAUUGUAAUAUAAUUCUGUGGCAGAGUAAAAUUGCUGCAAAUUCAAUAAUAUUCAUCCCAUGAAGAGAUAGAACUUACAUUUUUUUCCUCUUUAAUCUGGGCAGACUUUGACUUUGAUCAGUAGGAUAUAGUAGAAAUACUCCUGUGCUAGUUGUGGACCCACACUUUACUGGUAUAUUUUACUUCUCUUGGGAUACUCUUUCAAGUUCAAAUCCUGAAAUGUUAUGUUAAAAAAGUCUGCUGAAGAGACCACAUAGAGAAGUUCUGAGAUUACAUAGAAAGGAAGACGUAUGCAGUCUUCCAGACAUGCCCAUCUAGACACCAGAUAGUUGAGUGAAACAGUUUUGGGUCCUCCAGAUCAAUCACCAGCAGAAUGCCAUUGAGUGACCUUAGUUAAUGCUAUAUAGAACAGAAGGAUUGUCCAAGUGAGCCCCUGCCCAAAUCCCUGACACACAAAAUCAUGAGAAACAAUAUAAUCAUUGUUUUAAACCUAAAUGAUCAAAAAUCACUCAAGAUACUAUAAAAACCCUGAACAGGUCUAUAAACAAAGGGAAAAAAAAAUUAAAUGUAGUUGUUAUCUUGGUUGUUGAAUCCAGAAUCAAUUGUUUUGCAGGAGUAAAAUGUUUCAAAGAAAGAUAGCCACUAACAAAAUUGUGCCAGAUCAUUCUAUAAUGCAGUAUCUGAAUCAAUGAGAAUAAUCCCUAAAAAACAAAAUUUGGACCAGUGUCAAUUAAGAUACAUGUAAACAUUCCAAAUAGAGUUUAGUAAAUUAAACUCAGUAGUCUAUUAAAAUGAUUAUAAAACAUAAAUGAUCUACCAGUAAUAUCCAAAGGCUUGAUCUAUUGUAAUUUAAUUAGGAAUCCAGAUUUUAGGCUUUCUAAUAAGCAAUGUAACAAUAUUGGAAAAAGCAACAUAAUCCAGCCCCAGUAUCUUAUAGAUUCUCUUCUUAUUGUCUUAUCUUCAUCAGCAUUAAAAAAGGAAUGCACAAUAGAUAUAAAAAGGUCAUUCAAUCUUCAAAAACUUUCCAUAAAUAAAACUUGAGUAUUGCCACACACUUCAUUUUGAAUGAAACCUCUGUAAUGUUCCUAUUGUCAAACAUACAUUAAGACUUGCACCUACAAGUCCAUUUUGCUCGGAAUGGGCAAGUUGGACAGAUGUAGUUGAAUGAAUCAUUCACCAUCUAGAAUAAUACAUAUUUUCCAUUCAUGAUUUCAAAUUUUUAAAUUUGUAAACAGUAUAUACAAUGUUUACACAAAAAUGUAAUGCCAAAAAAUAUUAUAAGCGCUAUAAUAAAAUUAACUUCUACUAAUAGGUCAUUGUGUUUCUCCAUGGUUACAUUUUUAUGUUAGAGGUCUUCUGAAGACAGUACAUUAACCCAAAAUUUCUGAAUGUUCUACAAAAUAAUAGUAUUUAAUGGUACUUGAAAAUGAUUUUGUGGUCAAAUAAGCAUGGAAUCUCUGUAUACUUAAUUUCUUGGGGAAAAAAUUCACAUUAAAUGUUUAUCAAAAGACUAU